UUGGUUGUUGCCGUAUUAAAUUUUGCUGUGUACACACUGAAUCAUAUAAAGGGUCCAUACCUGUUAUUGCAGCUGGACACUUCAUUUGGUUUUGGAUCACAGGCUUUCUUAUGUUCAGAAUCGCAUUGAAGUCGACAGAUUUGUUUACUAUGUACUUAGUUAAUCAUUUUUUUCGUUUUCUGAAUCUGAUGGAGUCUUCAAGAUAAGAUCUCACAGUUGGGUCUGUUCUCUUCAUUUACAGCUGUACAGAGAAAUGGGAAAUGCCGCAAUCUUGGCAUUCUAUAUCACGGUUUGCUGCAUUGCGUUUGUCGUCUCAAAGAUUGUAAUCUCAGUACUCCUUUAUCGGAGAUGGAAAAGAAAGCAUAGUAUUUUCCGUGAUAGUGCCUCAGGAGGAAAGAUGGUAAUGUUCAGGUCUCCAACAAUUCAGAAUCUGACCUCAGAGAUUUUCUUGAAGAAGACAUUGAAGUUAACCAACAAAGACAUCAUCGGAUCAGGAGGUUAUGGAACAGUGUACAGACUAACCAUUGAUGAUUCCACUGCCUUCGCUGUAAAAAGGCUAAACAGAGGUAACGCAGACCGUGAUCGAGGAUUUGAGAGAGAGCUGAAGGCAAUGGGAGACAUAAAGCAUAGAAAUAUUCUCACUCUUCACGGAUAUUACACUGCCCCUCAGUUUAAUCUUCUUAUAUAUGGUCUCAUGCCCAAUGGAAGUUUAGAUACUCUGCUUCAUGGUAGAUCAAAUGAAAAGAUGCAUUUAGAUUGGACUUCAAGACACAAAAUUGCUGUAGGCGCUGCACGAGGCAUUUCAUAUCUUCAUCAUGAUUGUAUCCCUCACAUUAUACACAGAGAUAUCAAAUCAAGCAAUAUAUUGUUGGACCAAAAUAUGGAAGCUCGAGUGUCUGAUUUUGGAUUGGCCACAUUAAUGGAACCAGACAAGACUCAUGUUUCGACAUUUGUUGCUGGAACUUUUGGUUAUUUGGCUCCUGGAUUUUUUGCAGAAUAUUUUGAUACAGGGAGAGCAACUGCAAAAGGAGAUGUUUACAGCUUCGGAGUUGUUCUGCUCGAGCUUUUAACAGGGAAGAGACCUAUGGAUGAAGCAUUUAUUGAGGAAGGCACUAAGCUGGUCACAUGGGUGAAAGCUGUAGUUGAUGACAAGAAGGAAGAGCAUGUAAUUGAUCAUACCUUAGGGUGUUGUCCAUUGGAGGAAGUUAACAGUGUAUUCAGUAUAGCAUUGAUGUGCCUUGAAUCAGAUCCCUCCAAGAGACCAACCAUGAUUGAGGUUCUUAAGAUGCUUGAGCAAAUAAAAUCCAAUAAAAUUGUAUUGGAUUCUUGAUCUCUAUAUUAUGUGUUCUCUUUCCUGAGUGGAAGCUUGUUGCUGUUGAUUAAAGAACGCUUCCUACACUGAUCAAUGUAGUGGCAAAUGUAAUCCAGUCAACUUCUGGCUCAAAUCCUAAGAAUAGUUUCCUAACCUUCUUUCUUUUCUCCUAGAAAGAAAUUCAAGAAUGCUCCUACUUGAUGAUCUGGUUCAUUUAGGUUUCACAACAGCGGUUUGACACCUCCUAGCUUGAAUCAAUUAUCUGGGCCUUGGUUGGGAAUCUCAGACUGACAAUAUUUCAAUGUUGAAACUUCCUUCAGUUGGUCA